GAAAGGCAGUGCCCCGCCCCAUUUUUGUGGCUCCAACAUACUACACUAUCCAUUAUGGUGUAUCCAUUAUACUCUAUGUUCUGCCCUUACCUUUGUAAAUAGUCACUUCAUUAAAUCCUCCUUGAAUAUCCUAAUUCAAAUGUGCCUUUCCUCUCCUCCUGGGACUUCAACUGAUAAAAGGCAGUUCCAGUUAUUUCAAAAAGAAGCCACCAUUCUUGACAAGGUAAUGAUUGCUUUCUAAAAACCUUCUCAAUUAUGUCUGUGAGUCUAGAUUCCUACUUAAUGUAUGAAACCUCUCACAUAUCCCACCACAUCCUUAUCUGCCUUUUGCCUCAAAUGAAGAUCAUACCUCCUUCCAGGGCUCCACUCUUCACUUUUAUCUAUUUUUUGUAUUAUUUCCCUGCUUUUGGACUUUUAGAAUUAUUUCUCUUAGAUGUAACUUCAUAUGUGAGAUUAGAGAAUACGAAUUUUGUAUUUUCAAUGGGUAUUGUGGGCUGGGAGUGGAGGAAAGAAACACACCUAAAAAAAGUUAAAUGGCCUUGUUACUAUAGAACUCUCAAAGAGUUUGAUGUGCCUGAUGACCUUUGAGAGAGCAGCAUGGUAACCAGCAUUCCUCAAACUUAUUUGACCAUGGAACCCUUGUUAUCUAAGUACCUGCUGGUACUCCUCGGGUCACAGUUUGGAAAACCUUGAUCUUUAAAAUCCAUCCUUCUCUUCCUCCAUAAAUAUUUCUUGAACAAAUGAACAAAUAUUGACACAACUGGUCAGACCUCUAAGAGACGGGGCGUGGAAGACAGGUUCCACAACCCUUCCCUUGUAAUCCUUCGGUGACUGUUGUGUCAGAAUCUUCAAAGGUGUGCGUGGUGGGGUGGGAGGUAGCCAGCACUUCCUGCAAGAUCUAGUUUGAGGUACUGAUUGAUGGUACUGAUUGAUGGAUAUUCAAUUAGAGAUCUUCUCCAAGCCUAGAUUAAUUGCGGAUGCAGUUUCUCCUUUGGGCUUUCUGCCUUGAUUCCUGAACUAGCUGGAGGUGGAAAAGAGGUGGGAAAGAAGGUAGAGUGGAGUGUUUAUCAGGUGCUUGCAAUGUGCCAGGUACUAAAUUUAGUUCAUCCCCUUUCUUAAAGGAGCUCACAGUCUAGUAGGAAGAAAAAGAUGUAAGAAUAAUUAAUGCAGUGUAAUAUAUAAUAUAACAUAACAUAAGGCUAUAAUGAACAAAGAGCUUAUACCCUGGUUUCUUUAGGGGUACCUCGUUAUUCUGUGGCAAGGUCUAUAGUUAACGGCAUUUGACUUUAUGCUUUGUUGCAGAGUAAGUUUAAGGUCAGACUGAGACAAUGUCCACCUACCUGCAUGUCUUACAUAGAAAAACACAGAUUUUUAUAAGUAGCCAUGAUCUACUGGAGGUUACUAAGAAGGUGAUAGAGUGUGGAGAAGGGGAGUGAGUAGAUAAGUUAGAGAAAUCUUUUUAUCUAAUACUUCACAUCCCUUUUUCUAUUGAUGAACAAAUACAAAGAUUGGCUAAUUUGAUUUUAGCAUCUUCUUCCUUUGCCUCGGCACCCUAUUAGAGAAAAUGGAUUUUUAAAAUCUGGUAGCAACUUCCAAGAAGCUGGAGUAGACAUAUUUUUCCCUAUUCCUCCUGCUAAGUACAACCAGAAAUACAGAACGUUACUUGUAAAACAAUCAUAAGAAUACUCCGAAAAGUGAAGAGAAGAAGACAAACCAGCUAAGGACCUUGGAAUCCAAAGAAUGACGUGGUGCAAACAAGAUAAGGAAAAAACGAAGAAAGUAAAUUUGAUUGGACCAUUAACAUUGUUUCGAUAUUCUGAUUGGCAGGAUAAAUUAUUUAUGUCCUUUGGCACUAUCAUGGCCAUAGCUCAUGGGUCAGGUCUCCCCCUCAUGAUGAUAGUAUUUGGAGAAAUGACUGACAGAUUUGUUAAUAUUGGAGGAAACUUCUCCUUUCCAGUGAAUUUUUCCUUGUUAAUGCUAAAUCCAGCCAGAAUUCUGGAAGAAGAAAUGACUAGAUAUGCAUAUUAUUAUUCAGGAUUAGGUGCUGGCGUUCUUGUUGCUGCCUAUAUACAGGUUUCAUUUUGGACUUUGGCAGCUGGCCGACAGAUUAAGAAAAUUAGGCAAGAGUUUUUUCAUGCUAUUCUACGACAGGAAAUAGGCUGGUUUGACAUCAAUGAUACCACUGAACUCAACACUCGGCUAACAGAUGACAUCUCCAAAAUCAGUGAAGGAAUUGGUGACAAGGUUGGAAUGUUCUUUCAAGCAAUAGCCACGUUUUUUGCAGGAUUCAUAGUAGGGUUUCUCAGAGGAUGGAAGCUCACCCUUGUGAUAAUGGCCAUCAGCCCUAUCCUGGGACUCUCUACAGCUGUUUGGGCAAAGAUACUCUCAGCAUUUAGUGACAAAGAACUAGCUGCGUAUGCAAAAGCAGGUGCUGUGGCAGAAGAGGCUCUGGGGGCCAUCAGGACCGUGAUAGCUUUUGGGGGCCAGAACAGAGAGCUGAAAAGGUAUCAGAAACAUCUAGAAAAUGCCAAAAAGGUCGGAAUUAAAAAAGCUAUUUCGGCGAACAUUUCCAUGGGCAUCGCCUUCCUGUUAAUAUACGCGUCCUAUGCGUUGGCCUUCUGGUAUGCAUCCACUCUAGUUAUAGCAAAAGAAUACACUGUUGGAAAUGCAAUGACGGUCUUUUUCUCAAUCAUGAUCGGAGCCUUCAGCAUUGGACAGGCUGCUCCUUGUAUUGAUGCUUUUGCCAAUGCAAGAGGAGCAGCAUAUGCGAUCUUUGCUAUUAUUGAUAAUAAACCUAAAAUUGACAGUUUUUCAGAGAGAGGACACAAACCAGAUAACAUCAAAGGGAAUUUGGAGUUCAAAGAUGUUCAUUUCUGUUAUCCAGCUCGACCUGAUGUCAAGAUCUUAAAGGCCCUCAACUUGAAGGUUGACAGCGGUCAGAUGGUGGCCCUGGUUGGGAACAGUGGCUGUGGGAAAAGCACGGUGGUCCAGCUGAUACAGAGGCUCUAUGACCCCACAGAGGGCAUGAUUACCAUCGAUGGGCAGGAUAUUAGGAUGUUUAACGUAAGGUAUCUGAGGGAAAUAAUUGGAGUGGUGAGUCAGGAGCCGGUGCUAUUUUCUACCACCAUUGCUGAAAAUAUUCGUUAUGGCCGUGGAAAUGUAACAAUGGAUGAAAUAAAGAAAGCUGUCAAGGAAGCCAACGCCUAUGAGUUUAUCAUGAAACUACCACAGAAAUUUGACACCCUGGUUGGAGAGAGAGGGGCCCAGCUGAGUGGUGGACAGAAGCAGAGAAUCGCCAUCGCUCGGGCUCUGGUUCGCAACCCCAAGAUCCUGCUGCUGGAUGAGGCCACCUCAGCGCUGGACACUGAGAGUGAAGCUGAGGUACAGGCAGCUUUGGAUAAGGCCAGGGAAGGCCGGACCACCAUAGUGAUAGCACACCGAUUGUCUACAAUCCGAAAUGCAGAUGUCAUUGCUGGGUUUGAGGAUGGAGUCAUUGUGGAGCAAGGAAGCCACAAAGAACUAAUGAAGAAGGAAGGGGUGUACUUCAGGCUUGUUAAGAUGCAGACAUUAGGAAGCCAGAUCCAGUCAGAAGAAUUUAAAGUUGCACUAACUGAUGAAAAACCUGCCAUGGGUUUGGCUCAUCCCAUCGUUAGGAGUUCUUUUCAUAAAAGCCUGAGGAAUUCACGAAAGUAUCAGAAUGCCUUUGAUGUGGAAACCAUUGAACUUGAUGAAACUGUGCCGCCGGUGUCUUUUAUGAAGAUCCUGAAACUGAAUAAAACAGAAUGGCCCUACUUUGUGGUGGGAACUCUGUGUGCUGUUGCCAACGGGGCGCUUCAGCCGGCCUUCUCGGUCAUCUUCUCAGAGAUUAUAGAGAUUUUUGGACCAGGGGACGAUGAAGUGAAGCAGCAGAAAUGCAACAUGUUCUCAUUGCUCUUUUUAGGUCUGGGAAUUAUUUCUUUUUUUACUUUCUUCCUUCAGGGCUUCACAUUUGGGAAGGCUGGCGAGAUCCUCACCACAAGGCUUCGGUCCAUGGCUUUUAAAGCAAUGCUGAGACAGGACAUGAGCUGGUUUGAUGAUCAUAAAAACAGUACUGGUGUGCUUUCUACGAGACUUGCGAUGGAUGCCUCCCAAGUCCAAGGGGCCACUGGGACCAGGUUGGCUUUAAUUGCACAGAACACAGCCAACCUUGGAACUGGUAUUAUCAUAUCAUUUGUCUACGGUUGGCAAUUAACCCUUUUGAUGUUAUCGGUUGUUCCAAUUAUUGCUGUAUCAGGAAUUGUUGAAAUGAAACUGCUGGCUGGAAAUGCCAAAAGAGAUAAAAAAGAACUGGAAACUGUUGGAAAGAUUGCAACAGAGGCAAUAGAAAAUAUUAGGACAGUUGUGUCCUUGACCCAGGAAAGAAAAUUUGAAUCAAUGUAUGUUGAAAACUUGUAUGGAGCUUACAGGAAUUCUGUGCGGAAAGCACACAUCUAUGGAAUUACUUUUAGUAUUUCACAAGCAUUUAUGUAUUUUUCCCAUGCCGGUUGUUUUCGGUUUGGUGCCUAUCUCAUUGUGAAUGGACAUAUGCACUUCAGAGAUGUUAUUAUGGUGUUUUCAGCGAUCGUGUUGGGCGCCGUGGCUCUAGGACACGCGAGUUCCUUUGCUCCAGACUAUGCUAAAGCCAAGCUGUCUGCAGCGCACUUAUUCAAUCUGUUUGAAAGACAACCUUUGAUUGACAGCCACAGUGAGGAAGGCCUGAGGCCUGAUAAGUUUGAAGGAAAUGUGACACUUAAUGAAGUCGUGUUCAACUAUCCCACGCGGCCAAACGUGCCCGUGCUUCAGGGGCUGAGCCUCGAGGUGAAGAAGGGCCAGACGCUGGCCCUGGUGGGCAGCAGCGGCUGUGGGAAAAGCACGGUGGUCCAGCUCCUGGAGCGGUUCUACGACCCCUUGGCUGGAACAGUGCUCCUAGAUGGUCAAGAAGCAAAGAAGCUCAACAUCCAGUGGCUCAGAGCCCAACUCGGCAUUGUGUCCCAGGAGCCCAUCCUGUUUGACUGCAGCAUUGCCGACAACAUUGCCUAUGGAGACAACAGCCGGUCUGUCAAGAUGCCUGAAAUCGUGAGUGCCGCGAAAGCAGCCAAUAUCCAUCCUUUCAUCGAGACCUUACCCAAAAAAUAUGAAACAAGAGUGGGAGAUAAGGGGACUCAGCUUUCAGGAGGUCAAAAACAGAGGAUUGCUAUUGCCCGAGCCCUCAUCCGACACCCCCAAAUCCUACUGUUGGAUGAAGCUACGUCAGCUCUGGAUACUGAAAGUGAAAAGAUUGUCCAAGAAGCUCUGGACAAAGCCCGAGAAGGCCGUACCUGCAUCGUGAUCGCUCACCGCCUGUCCACCAUUCAGAAUGCAGACUUGAUAGUGGUGAUUGAGAACGGCAAAGUCAGGGAGCACGGCACGCACCAGCAGCUGCUAGCACAGAGAGGCAUCUAUUUCUCUAUGGUCAAUGUCCAGGCUGGGACACAGAACUGAUGAACUCUUGUUAUAGUGUAUCUUAAAAAUAAAUACAAAUCAUUCUACAA